AUGAAUUUACCGGAUGACAAGCAGUUAGUACGUGAAAAUAACAUAUCGAAAAUGGGUUUGCAUGCAAAACUGGCGUGGAUAGCAUUAUUUUUUUGCUUGGGUUUGAUUGCUUUGGCCCAUUGUGUACCGAUCGAAGUCAUCUAUACCGGUGAAGGCUGUGAUUGCCCGUCGAAGUUGGACUAUACCGUAAAUGUGCCAAGUGUGCCGAAAUCAAAGAAAUGUCCGUAUACGCCUAGCGAGUACGGUUAUAAGGUGGACGUACCAAUUUCGCGUCCAGCAAAAGCGAAAGUGACAUACAGUUUCGAUUUCACAGUCGAAGAGCCACGUACACCGAAGCCUGCCAAACCGUCCACAUUAAAUCUGUUCGCCAAAGUCGAUCGUGUGGCAGUCAAAAAGGGCGAUUGCGAAGAUAGUGAUACCGCACCAUCUGCCCCGUCCACCUGCCGUUGUGGACAAUGCGGCAUCACCAAACCGCUCUAUAGGUAUGUAUUCGACAAUAUGCCAUCCCAACCUCCAUGCAAGUGCCGGCGACCGAACUGUAAAUGCAAUCGUUGUCGCGCGGCUUCAACUCCAUAUUCGCCAAAUGCAAUUCUAAGGGGUUCUUCUCUAAGUGACAUGACACCAAUGGCUAUGAACUUCGAAACUGCUAGUGGUGGUGAUGAGGAUGAUGGUUACGUCAAAGACGGCAGUGGCGGUGCGGAGGUUGGCGCUGUUAAUAUACGUCGUAAACGCGAUUUACAACGCACGCUCUUCCGACCACGCAAGAUGACCAGGGAACGCCCAGGUCGCUUUGUAAAGUUAUACCACAAAAAUCUGUCCGAUACACCGCGCCGCCUAUUUGACUUUGAUGGCUUCUCUAAUAAGCAGCCAGACCAACAACAAACCGCGAAAAAAACGAAGCGAAAGGCGAAGAGGACGCACUACAAACGUCAAC